CGGCACACCAAAAUACACAAACCAGGAACACCAUUACGCCCUAUAGUGGAUAGCAUUGGCUCAGUGAAAGCACUCGCUGAAAUAAUCAAACCAUUACUAGGACUCACAGACCAACACUGCAAAAACUCAAAACAACUGGCAGAAGAACUAAACAACAUCAAAAUGCAGCAAGACGAAGUUUUCAUAUCACAUGACGUCAUAUCUCUUUUCACCAGAACAUCCACGGAAGCCACCAUACAAAUAGUACAAGACAGAUUAAAAACAGACAGGACGCUCAGGAAACGCACAGACCUCACAGUACAAGACAUCACUUAACUCCUUCAAUUCAUCGCCACAUCCACAUACUUUCAGUUUAGGAAUAUAAUAUACAGACAGAAGGAAGGGUUUGCCAUGGGAGACCCACUAUCAGCCAUCAUGUGCGGUUUUUUCAUGGAAGACCUGGAGCAGAAAGCACUCACUACAAUACCGGCAGAAUACAGACCAACACUCUGGAAACGUUACGUGGAUGAUAUACUGGAAAAAGUGAAGACGGGAUACACUCAACAAGUCGCCGACCAUCUCAACACCAUAGACAAUACUGGCAACAUAAAAUUCACACAUGAAGAGGAAACGGAGCAGUCAGUAGCAUUUUUGGACCUAAAAAUACAACACACAGAGAAUGGGGACAUCAAAAUAAAAGUACACAGAAAACCCACACACGCCGACCAAUAUUUAAUCUGGACUUCCGAACACCCCAUAAUGCACAAAUUAUCAGUAGUCAGAACAUUACAUGAACGCGCAACAAUAAUCACAGAUCCACAGGACAAAGAACAGGAGGAACAACACGCACUGAAGGCAUGUCAAUAUCCACAAUGGGCAAUAUCCAAAGGGGCAGAACAGGUCAAGAACAACAAAACACAGAAGAAAGAGAAAAAACAAAGCAACAAACAAGAACACAGGGGAGUAGUAACAUUGCCAUACAUCAGAGGAAUAACAGAACGCAUCCAAAGAGUAAUGAGGAAACACAACAUCAACACACCUGUCAAACCACACACAACACUCCGUCAGAUCCUGGUUCAUCCCAAAGACAGAAUACAUCCGGAAAACAAAUGUAACACCAUAUAUGAGAUUCCAUGCCAAUCAUGCAAUAAAACCUACAUCGGGGAGACAGGGAGGAGCUUCACCACAAGGAAAAAUGAACAUAAGAAAGAGUGCGAAAAGGAGACAGCUAUAAGACAAACCCGAACAAUAAAAGAAAAGGCACAACAGGAAAAUUACAAGUCAGCCAUAACAGACCACUGCAAAAGAGAAAAUCAUAUUAUGGACUGGGGGAAUGCCAGAGUCAUCCGCACAGAAGAUAACAAACAUCAGCGCUGGAUCAGGGAGGCCAUGGAGAUCCGAAAGCGAAGCCUGAGGACCAUCAACCGGGAUGAGGGAGCAUACAUGCUCUCCCACACCUGGAGUGCCAUCUUGCAGGGGACGAACGGACAGCAGAAGACGCGACCGACCUGUCAAACCAGACAGGAAGGUCACGCCUUCGGAAACAUCAGCUGAUAAGAUGCGUCACCAAUAACAUCCGGUGACACUCUGAGGAAGACGACAGUUACGUACGUCGAAACAUGUCAGAAUCCGAGUCAGAAUUCCUUUACUGUCAUUACACAGAGUACAACACAACGGAAUUGGUUACAAGAAGUAGCAAGACCAAAAUAAACAGAUCCAUAAACCGAGAGACAUGCAGGCCCAGGAGUUGCUGAAGAGGUUGCAUGUGCCUGAGCUGACUGAGGUGAGGGAUUACUUCUCCAGACUGUCCCCCGGCACACUGGUGGGUAUAGGGACCUUCACCGCACUCGCCACCUACUGGUACACCACUCGACCAAAAGCCAUCAAACCACCUUGUGACCUGCGCAUGCAGUCCGUCGAGGUGCCGGGAGGAGAAUUUGCCCGCAGGUCAGUGUUAGUGGAUGCUGACAAGCUUGUGUGUUUUUACUAUGAUGAUGCUACGACAGUAUACGAGCUCUUUACUCGGGGCUUACGGUUAUCCAAAAACAGACCCUGCUUAGGCUCCAGAAAGCUGAACCAGCCGUAUGAGUGGCUGACCUAUUCAGAGGUUGCAGAGAGAGCUGAGAACCUGGGCUCAGCGCUGCUGCACAAAGGCCACUCCAAAACCAAUGACCAGUACAUCGGCAUUUUUGCUCAGAACAGACCUGAGUGGACCAUCUCGGAGCUGGCUUGCUACACAUACUCUCUUGUAUCAGUGCCUCUUUAUGACACGCUGGGGACUGAGGCUGUUGAUUACAUCUUCAAAAUCACCGAGAUCUCGACAAUAUUGUGUGAUGUACCAGCGAAGGCUCAUCUGGUUCUGGACUGCGUGGCUGGCAGACAACACUCGCUGAAAACCCUGAUCCUGAUGGACGAGUUUGACUCCGAGCUGGUGGCUCAAGGACGGAAAUGCCACGUGGAAAUAAUUAGCCUGAAAGAUGCAGAGGCUCUUGGAAAAGCCCAUCGGCAGCAGCCUAUACCUCCUAAGCCGGAUGACCUGGCUGUUAUUUGCUUUACUAGUGGAACCACAGGAAACCCAAAAGGGGCGAUGCUCACCCACAGAAACAUUCUGUCCAAUGUUUCCGCGUUUAUGAAGAUCGCAGGUUCUUUGAAUGUCAGCGACGUACACAUCUCUUACCUGCCUCUUGCACACAUGUUCGAGCGAUUAGUGCAGUGCGCGGUUCUGAGUUGCGGCGCUCGCAUCGGCUAUUUCAGGGGAGAUAUCCGCAACCUCGCGGAUGAUCUUCUGACCCUGCAGCCCACCUUCUUUCCGGUUGUGCCACGUCUGCUCAACCGAAUGUUCGAUAAGAUCUUUGGGCAGGCCAACACUCCUCUGAAGAAGUGGAUCUUAGAAUUCGCCUUCCGGAGGAAAGAGGCCGAGAUGAUGAGUGGCAUUAUGAGGAGAAACAGUCUGUGGGACAAAAUCAUCUUUAAGAAAGUCCAGGCCAGUGUCGGAGGCAGAGUGCGCAUGAUGCUGACUGGUGCUGCUCCUGUCUCUCCUCACAUCCUGACUUUCCUGCGUGCAGCUCUGGGAUGCCAGUUUUAUGAAGGCUACGGCCAGACCGAGUGUACAGCCGGCUGCACGAUCACAUUACCAGGAGACUGGGUAGCAGGUCAUGUCGGCGCUCCUCUGCCAUGUAACAUCCUGAAGCUGGUGGACGUUGCAGAGAUGAAUUAUUUCGCUGUGAAUGGAGAAGGAGAGGUGUGUGUGAAGGGACCCAAUGUGUUCAAGGGAUAUCUGAAAGACCCAGAGAAGACUGAGGAGGCCAUCGAUCAGGACGGCUGGCUCCACACAGGAGACAUCGGCAAGUGGCUACCGAACGGCACUCUGAAGAUUGUGGACCGUAAGAAGCACAUCUUUAAACUGGCACAAGGAGAGUACAUUGCCCCGGAGAAGAUCGAGAGCGUUUACGUCCGGAGUGAAGCUGUGGCUCAGGCUUUUGUGCAUGGAGACAGCCUCCAGGCCUGCCUGGUGGCCAUCAUUGUCCCUGACCCGGACUUUCUGCCUGGCUGGGCCAGUAAAAGAGGAUUUCAUGGAUCAUAUGAGGAGCUCUGCAGCAGCAAGGAAGUGAAAAAUGCCAUAUUGGAGGACAUAGUGAAAUUGGGCAAAGAAGCUGGACUGAAGUCUUUUGAACAGGUGAAGGAUAUCGCCCUGCACGCAGAGAUGUUCUCGAUCCAGAACGGCCUCCUGACUCCAACACUUAAAGCUAAGCGUGCUGAGCUCAGGAAUCAUUUCAGACAGCAGAUCGAUCAGCUCUACUCCAAGACCCACAUGUAAAAACGAUUCCAGUACAGAUUUGGAGGAAUGCCGACAUAUAACCCAAACUGCCUCCCGAAUAAUUUUAUUUUAUAGUUAGCUAUGUUGUUACUCUUGGGUGAAGUGUUCCUUUAAAAAGUGAUCUUCCACACAGAACUGUGCCUUAGCCACACAAAAUAUUACAUCUACUGAGAUAUAUAUAUACACACACACACACACACACACACACACACACACACACACACACACACACACACAGUGGUGCUUGAAAGUUUGUGAACCCUUUAGAAUUUUCUAUAUUACUUC